UAACACUGAUAUUAUAAGAGAGAAGAUUGUAAGCGAGGUGGAGCUCUCUGAGUCCUACAUUUUUGAAGCUUCUUGCCUUAUCCUUCUCUACUACUCUUAGAUAUCCACUCUUCUUCUCCAUACCCACUUCUCUCUUAAACCCUUUUCUCUCCUUUCAAUACUGUGGAGAAAGGGCUACCCGAAACAUAAUAAUGGCAACUUCUUCAGUUCUAGGAGUUUCUUCUAUAUUUCACACUCCUUCUGUAGAGCUAUCAAGUAGAAAGACAAAUUCAACAACUUUAAGUAUACCCACAACCGAUAAGCCUCAUUUUAAUUCUCUGGUUCUUCAAAGUUGCAGUCUUUAUAACAAUAAACAUGGACAUGGACACGGGCAUUCUUCCUUUGUUACUUCUGCUAUUGCUGCUCCUAAUUCUAUUCUUAGUGAGGAGGCUUUUAAAGGGCUUGGUGGUCGUCUUUCUGAUUUUGAUGAAGACGAAGAUAAUGAUGAUGUUAGCAGUGGAGGGUAUGAGGAUGAUGGUGCUGGUGAAAGUCUUCCUGAUGAUGAUGAACUUGCUAUUUCUAAACUGGGUUUGCCUCAGAGGCUUGUUGAGUCCCUUGAGAAGCGUGGAAUUACUCACCUUUUCCCUAUUCAGAGAGCUGUUUUAGUUCCUGCACUAGAAGGUCGAGAUUUAAUUGCUCGUGCAAAGACUGGGACUGGGAAGACAUUAGCCUUUGGGAUCCCAAUUAUUAAAUGCAUUACUGAAGAUGAUAAAAGUUCACAGAGACGAACUGGUCGGCUUCCUAGAGUUUUAGUCCUAGCACCUACUCGUGAAUUAGCAAAGCAAGUGGAGAAGGAAAUUAACGAGUCUGCACCUUACUUGAGCACUGUUUGUGUUUAUGGAGGGGUUUCAUACAUAACGCAACGAAAUGCUCUCUCUCGUGGGGUUGAUGUUGUGGUUGGAACUCCUGGUCGUAUUAUCGAUUUGAUAAACAGUGGCAGCCUCAAAUUGGGAGAAGUUGAAUAUUUGGUCCUUGAUGAAGCUGAUCAGAUGCUUUCAUUUGGAUUUGAGGAGGAUGUUGAAGUAAUUUUAGAAAAUCUUCCAUCAAAACGACAGAGCAUGCUUUUCUCUGCAACCAUGCCUACUUGGGUGAAAAAAUUGGCAAGGAAAUAUUUGGACAACCCUCUGCAAAUUGAUUUGGUUGGUGACCAAGAGGAAAAGUUGGCAGAAGGAAUCAAACUUUACGCCAUAUCAACCAAUGCAACUUCAAAGCGAAGCAUUCUCAGUGAUCUUGUAACUGUUUAUGCAAAAGGUGGAAAGACAAUUAUUUUUACUCAAACCAAACGAGAUGCUGAUGAAGUUUCAAUGGUGUUAACAAAUAGCAUAGCUUCUGAGGCAUUGCAUGGGGAUAUAUCUCAGCAUCAGAGAGAGAGAACUUUAAAUGGAUUUCGGCAAGGAAAGUUUACUGUGCUUGUUGCCACGGAUGUGGCUUCUCGUGGACUUGAUAUUCCAAAUGUUGAUUUGGUUAUUCAUUAUGAACUUCCCAAUGAUCCAGAAACUUUUGUGCAUCGAUCUGGUCGUACAGGACGCGCAGGCAAGGAAGGUACUGCUGUUCUGAUGUUCACUAGCAGUCAAAGAAGAACAGUGAAAUCCCUUGAGCGUGAUGUGGGGUGCAGGUUUGAGUUUGUUAGUCCACCAGGUACUGAAGAGGUUCUGGAAUCCUCAGCUGAACAAGUGAUUGCCACUUUAAGUGGAGUUCAUCCUGAGUCAGUAGGAUUUUUCACCCCAACUGCCCAGAGAUUGAUUGAAGAACAAGGCACUAGUGCCCUUGCUGCAGCACUGGCACAGUUGAGUGGAUUUUCUCAGCCCCCUUCAUCUCGCUCUCUUAUUAGCCAUGAGCAGGGAUGGACAACAUUGCAACUGACCAGGGAUCCAAGUUAUUCUAGAGGAUUCCUGUCUGCUAGAUCUGUUACUGGUUUUCUUUCUGAUGUCUAUACUGCGGCAGCUGAUGAAGUUGGAAAAAUACAUAUAAUUGCAGACGAAAAGGUUCAAGGGGCGGUUUUUGAUCUUCCAGAGGAAAUUGCUAAAGAGUUAUUGAAUAAGCAACUACCACCUGGAAACACCAUUUCCAAGAUCACAAAGUUGCCUUCAUUGCAAGACGAUGGACCUCCAAGUGACUUCUAUGGCAGGUUUUCUAGCAGGGAUCGACCUCCUAGAGGAGGUGGCAGGGGCCAGAGAGGUUCUAGAUCAUCACAGGGUUGGGGCGGUGGUCGCGGCGGCCGAAAUUCUGAUGAUGAUGAUGAUACAUUUAGGCGUGGUGGCCGAAGUUUUUCAAGAAGCAGUAGUGAUGAUUGGCUGAUAGGUGGUGGCAGAUCAAGCAGGCCUUCACCUCGGGGCAGGUCAUCACCUCGGGAUUGGUCUUCACCCAGGGAUAGGUCUUCUCCCCGUGACAGAAGCUUCGGAGGCUCUUGUUUUAACUGCGGGAGGUCAGGACACAGAGCGUCAGAUUGUCCCAACAAGUUAGAUUUCUAGUCGUAUUGCCUUAUAAAUCAGGGAUUUUAGCACACGCUUAACAAGUCAGAGGUUGCUGCAUUGGGAAUUCUUGUGCUACUAGUUUUUUGUUUGCAUACGUGGGCCCUGCGACUCUUCCCAGGAAAAGAGUUGAGACUUGGGAGUCCAAUUUUCAAUUGGUCUGUAUACACUUUCCGCAGCCCUGCUCUCCCAAUAUGGAAUCUGACAUUGAAAUUAUUGGCCCCUCAUGAGAGGUGCAAUGUAACGGAAUUUAUUUGGGCAGUGGCUCCAUUGAUCUUUGAUUCUGUCAAGUAAUAGUGGUUCGAUAUUAACACUUUGUAGCUGAUUUUCUAAAGUAUGUAUUUCUUGUUUUUUGUCA